AUGGCUGCCAACGGACCAAAGCCUGGCUACCUGGGCAAUCUCAACAAGGACCAGGAGGCAAGCUUACAGAAGCUGUGGUCUGUUCUCAUCAAGGCAGGCGAGUCCUCCUUGAGCAAUGAACCAUCGAAUGAGCCUGCCAGCCCGGCUCCAGUACAAAAACGACGCUCGCUUCUGGGUCGCGCACAGAGCAAUGUCUCCGGGACCAUCGCCGCAUCCACUACGCCUUACCAACAACAUAUUCUGAAAUACCUUGGGGAGAUGGGCGCAGGUGCCCCAGAAUGCGACGCCGUCAAGAAGCUCCUCUCCCAGCUCUCAGGGGCUGAGUUGCAGACGGGAGUGCUGGACUUCAUGAAACAUGAACACCCUGAUUCCCUGCUCCUGCGCUACCUCCGUGCUCGCAAAUGGGAUGUGCCCAAGGCCUUUGCCAUGAUGAUCAAUACCGUUGUUUGGCGAGUCAAGGAGGCAAAGGUUGAUGAAGAUGUCAUGGCAAAGGGAGAACUUCAUGCCCUCCAGCAGAUUGAAAACAAAUCUAGCCCAAGCGAACAGAAAGCCGGAAUUGACUUCUUGUCGCAGAUGCGCAUGGGCAAGAGUUACGUGCAUGGUGUUGAUCGGACCGGUCGUCCUGUGGCGGUGAUAAGGGCCCGCCGGCAUCAACCAGGGGCCCAGACUGACGAGUCCCUCGAACGAUACGUCGUCCAUGCGAUUGAAACAAUACGCAUGGUAUUGGUGCCUCCCGUUGAGACAGCAGCUAUUGUAUUCGACCUGACGGGCUUCGCGUUGUCCAAUAUGGAAUAUCCGGUCGUUAAGUUCAUUCUGAAAUCUUUCGAAGCCUACUAUCCCGAAACGUUGGGUGUCAUGAUUUUCCACAAUGCCCCGUGGGUGUUCUCAGGCAUUUGGAGACUGAUACGAGGCUGGAUGGUGCCUGAGAUUGCAGCCAAGGUUCAAUUCACCAAUAAUGUGGACGACCUCGACAAGUUAAUUGCUCGGGACCAGAUUGUGGAAGAAGUGGGUGGCGAUGAGAAGUGGACAUAUGAAUUUGUGGAGCCUCGUCCCGACGAGAACCCAAAGAUGAACGAUACAGUGACUCGGGAUGCGCUGAAAGCCGAGCGUCGGUCCAUUGGCGAUGAAUUCUUGGCUGCCACUGCAGCUUGGAUUGAUGCUGCUAAAGCGAACGACCCAACCAAACUCCAGUCCAGCGAAAGCGAAAGGGCCUAUCUGGCUGAGCGACUACGCGUCAACUACUGGAAAUUGGAUCCCUAUACUCGUGCUCGUUCUCAGUUAGAUCGGGAAGGGGUCAUUCAGGCUGGUGGCAAGAUCGACUUCUAUCCAAAAGAAGUGCCCGCAGAGAGCCAGGUCGAGGAGGUUAAGUCAUUGGAUGUGCAUCACCUAGAACAGGUUAGCCAGAGCGAGGCUCAGACCGUUUUUUAG